CGCGUUAACAGCAUUAGUCGGAUUCCGUCAAGAUGGCCGCCUCCAGUGCAGUGAUAUCAAUGUCCAAAAUCAUUAAACCCAUUUGGGGUGGACGGUUGGCAACGACAGCAAAAGUAUUUGGAGCCACAGUGAGCAGUCGCAGAGAGAAGUCAACAGUACCCCCUCCUGCGAAGUAUGGUGGCAGACACACUGUAACUCUGAUACCUGGAGAUGGUAUUGGACCAGAACUGCUCAAUCACGUAAAGGAGCUCUUCAGGUUCAGCUGUGUACCUGUGGACUUUGAGGUUGUGAAUGUCAGCUCAGCUACCGAGGAUGACAUCAACAACGCCAUCACAGCCAUCCGCCGUAACGGAGUGGCCCUCAAAGGUAACAUUGAGACCCUCCACACCCUGCCUGCUUCCCACAAGUCCAGAAACAAUCUCCUCCGCACCAGUCUGGACCUGUAUGCCAACGUCAUGCACUGUAAAUCCCUCCCUGGAGUUCAGACUCGCCACAACAACAUUGACAUCAUGAUCAUCAGGGAGAACACUGAGGGAGAGUACAGCAGUCUGGAGCAUGAGAGUGUAUCAGGGGUGGUGGAGUGUCUCAAGAUCAUCACCCGGACUAACUCCCUGAGAAUCGCUGAGUAUGCCUUUAAAUUGGCCCGGGAGAAAGGUCGCAAGAGGGUCACUGCAGUUCACAAGGCCAACAUCAUGAAGCUGGGAGAUGGUCUGUUCCUGCAGUGCUGUCGAGAGGUGGCUGCUGGAUACCCUGACAUUGCCUUCGACGCCAUGAUAGUCGACAACACCACCAUGCAGCUAGUGUCUAAGCCCCAGCAGUUUGACGUUAUGGUGAUGCCCAACCUGUAUGGUAAUGUGGUUAGCAAUGUGUGUGCUGGCCUGGUGGGAGGACCCGGGCUGGUGCCAGGGGCCAACUAUGGCCGUGACUAUGCUGUCUUCGAAACGGCCACCAGGAACACAGGGAAGAGUAUUGCUGACAGGAACAUUGCUAACCCCACUGCCAUGCUACUGGCCAGCUGCAUGAUGCUGGACCACCUCAAGCUUCACGAUUAUGCCACUAUGAUCAGGAAUGCAGUCCUUACGACCAUGAACGAGACUCGGUUGCACACAGCUGACAUCGGGGGGCAGGGCACCACCUCUGAGGUGGUUCAGGCGAUCAUGAGAAACAUCCAGAGCAAGGGGCCUCUCACCAGCGAGCUCUGAACACGCAUUUCGACCACACACAUCAAGUCAAUGCUGUUGGAUAACAUACAAAUCCUUGGUGUGUCUCGUAUAUUUGAACAACUGUGUGCCGUAUGAGAGAGUGGGGGUGUGUUUGUGCAUGUUUAUUUCCAUAGUAAUGCUCCUCCGUUGAGCGGUUCAGUCUGGCCUGUAAACACACACACACACACACACACCGCUUUGACGAAUUCAUCACUUUACAUUUGUACAGUUUAGUCAUUUAGCAGACACUCUUAUCCAGAGCAACUUAUAGUAGUGAGUGCAUACAUUUUCAUACUAGUCCCCUGUGGGACUCAAACCCAAAACCCUGGUGUUGCAAGUGUUAUGCUCUACCAGCUGAGCCACACGGGACCAUGUUAUCUUCCCCUCUGCAUGCCUUUAAUUCAUUCAUUCAUGUCUGUGUAUUUCAAUUUAACACCAUUCUGUCUUUCCAUAACCAUUCCCUGGCUGUUUCAAGCACAUUUAACAUUUGAGCGUAAACAAAGGAAGUAGGAGGCUCAAACUGCAUCUGUAAUAACAUGCUGUAGUGAAGUAGUAACAGUUAGGAUCUGUCUCUUGGAUUUAACUGCAGCACUUUAUAGCUACUCUCUGCUAGGUUCAUCCUACAUCCCAGGACAUGAUGGCCUAGACAGCAACACCUCCAGCUCCACUUAAACGUAUUAUAUGUAGAUGUGUUUGUGUGAUUUAUAUUUGAGCGACUGUUUCUUAGGUAUAUCGGUUCACUGCAGAAUUUUGAGACCUGAAACGGUUAUACUGUCCACCUAUUUUCCUAAUUGCAAUGUAUCGUACAGUAGAAAAUAAUGUGUAAACGGUUAUGUUUCUUACGGUACUGAAAUGUUGCUUAAAUAUUAUAGACUGUUUUAUGUUCUUCUCGCAGUCCAGCGCUUAGCUUUACGUCUACAGGUAGCCUGGCGGGUAGAAGCGCUGCUUCAGAGGGGUUGGGUUAAAUGUUCAGUUGAAUGCAUUCAGUUGCACAACUGAUAAGGUAUCCUUCUUUCUCUGUCUCAAAUCAAAGUUUAUUUGUCACGUGGCCGAAUACAACAGGUGUAGUAGACCUUACAGUGAAAUCCUUACUUACAAGCUCUAACCAAUAGUGCAAAAAAGGUAUUAGGUGAACAAUAGGUAGGUAAAGAAAUAAACCAACAGUAAAAAGACAGGCUAUAUACAGUAGCGAGGCUACAUACAGACACCGCUUAGUCAGACUGAUUAUUAAGGUAGUAUGUACAUGUAGAUAUGGUUAAAGUGACUGAAGAUAGCCCGGUUAGCCAAUGUGCGGGAGCACUAGUUAGUCGGGCCAAUUAGGUAGUAUGUACAUGAAUGUAUAGUUAAAGUGACUGCAUAUAAGAUACACAGUAGCAGCAGCGUAAAAAGAGGGUUUAUCUGUGACUAUCAGAUGUAUCUUUCCCACAGAUAUCAAAGUCUUAUGAUUUACCAAUUGCCUUUUGUGAUUUUGAAAUCAAUUUAAGUACUCUUUUAAUUUGCCUUAAAGCUGCAAUGUGUAACUUUUUGGGCGACCUGACCAAAUUCACGUAGAAAUGUUAUAAAUCUAAUUCUCGUUGAAAGCUAGUCUAAAAGCAGUAGAUCUGUUCUAUUUCUAUGAUUCCAGUUCUUAAGUUUUGUUUUUGCGUCUUUUACUUUUGGUUUUAUACACCAGCUGAAAAUACAAUAUUUUUGUUUAUGGAAAAUAUAUUUCACAGCGGUUUAGAUGGUACAAUGAUUCUCUACACUAUACGAAUUAGGUGAACUAUUAGAAUUUUAGCAACCUGGAAAUGGCGGAGAGAUUUCUGCGUAAUGCAUCUAAGGUUUUUGUUAUACUGGUCUAUAACUUCUCAUCUUUGUCUGUUACAGACUGUCUUUAUAUGAACAACUCAGAACUGUACCCUGAAAUAUAUGUUAUACUCUGUUAUUUUUUAAAUAUAUAUAUAUAUAUAUAUACACAUACAUACUCUGUAUUUUACUUGAUCCAGUGGGUGGGAAAAUCGUAAUUGUAAACCAGAAGUGCAUAUAUCUCUAUUGUUUUAAAAAACAACCUUUGUGUUUGUGCCACAAAUACCUACAUUGAGUGUACAAACCAUAUUGAGUUGAACCCCCUUUUACCCCCAGAAUGUCUUAAAUUUGUCGGGGCAUGAACUCCACAAGUUUUCAAUUGUUCCACAGGUCUGCUGGCCCAUGUUGAUUCUAAUGCUUCCCACAGUUAUUUCAAGUUGGCUGGACAUCCUUUGGGUAGUGGACCACUUUUGAUACACAUGGGGAAACUGUUGAGCAUGAAAAACCCAGCAGCGUUGUUGACUCAACCAGUGUGCCUGGCACCUACUACCAUACCGUGUUCAAUGGCAUUUACAAUUUUUGUCUUCCCCAUUCACUCUCAAUGGCCCAGAUACACAAUCUUUGUCUCAAGGUUUACAAAUCCUUCUUUAACCGGUCUUAUCCCCUUAAUAUUCAUCGAUUGGAGUGGAUUUAACAGGUGACAUCAGUAGGGGAUCAUAGACUGACCAGGUGAAGGCUAUGCCAUUGAAAGAGCUGGUGUUGUUAAUGUUUUGUACACUGGGUAUUUACUGUCUCAACUUAGUGGUUGAAAUUUAGAGUAAACGGAGCACAUUAACCUGCUAAAUGAAAUGGGAUUUAUUUUUGUUUCAUAUACUAUAGCUGUGGCUGGAUUAAUGAAAUUAGCAUUUUUAUUGAUCAAAUAAAAAUGUAUAUCUAA